AUAGAGGAACGUAUCCACACAGACGCGUGCAGUGAGCAAGCGAGUGAGUGGCUGGAAGCGACACUUUGCGUUCUUCUCGUCUCUUCUCAGUUGGGGACUUUCUUUUUUGUGUGUGCGUGUGUGCGUGAAAAUUGUCUUUCAGCGUAAUGCUUGGUGGUCUCUUGCGCCCCCUGUUGGCCGUCUGCGGACUUAUGCUGCUGCCAGCCGCCGCCGUUCACUUCAACUAUAAGAACGGCUUCUACUAUCAUGACGGCAGCAACGGCAAUGGCAACGGAGAAAUCUAUUUCAACGGGGUCCGUCUGUACGUGGAGUCCCCGAACCCGUCCGUGUCAGCCACCAGGGGCAGCAGCGUCACCCUUCCCUGCCACUUCCACUACAAACCCGAGCUCAACGAGCCGCGCCGGACGCGGGUCAAGUGGUCGUGGUUGCCCGCCAACGCCGUCGGCGAGCCCGUUCACCCCGCCGCCAUGGAAACGCAGGUGAUGGUCGCCAUGGACAACCGCCACCGCAGCUACGGCGGAUUCCGGGGCCGGGUCCGCCUGCGACGCUCGGCGCCGGGCGACAUGUCGCUGGUCAUCAGUGAGCUGCGUCUCAACGACACGGGGCGGUACCGUUGCGAGGUGAUAGACGGGUUGGAGGAUGAGAGCGUCACCGUGGAAUUGGAGCUGCGAGGUGUGGUGUUUCCGUACCACUCCGCCGAAGGACGCUACCACUUCAACUUCCAGGGGGCCCAGCAGGCGUGCCAGGAUCAGGACGCCACCCUGGCCACCUUCGAGCAGCUCUUCACGGCGUGGGACGAGGGCUUGGACUGGUGCAACGCCGGCUGGUUGGCCGACGGCACCGUGCAGUACCCCAUCACGACGUCUCGUGACGGAUGCGGGGGGGCGGACCUAGCGCCAGGCCUGCGCACUUACGGCCAACGCCAUCGCCUCCUCCACCGCUUCGACGCCUUCUGCUUCUCCGCUUCCAUCAAAGGGACCGUUUACUUCCUAGCGAGCCCAACCAAGCUCAACUUCACCGAAGCGCUGCAGGCGUGCGCGGGAAACUCCGCUCACAUCGCCAAAGUGGGCCAGCUGUACGCCGCCUGGAGACUGGCAGGAUUGGACCGUUGCGACGCCGGCUGGCUGGCGGACGGCAGCGUCCGCUAUCCCAUCGUCAAGCCCCGCGCUAACUGCGGGCCGCCGCAAGCGGGCGUGCGUAGCUUCGGCUUCCCCCCGCGCCACCUGAAAUUUGGCGUCUACUGUUAUCGCUAACCUCUGGUUUGUCUGAGAGGUUAGCUUUAGCAUUAGCCUACAAAAAAAUGGGUAUUAUUGAUACCAUUUGAAAUGAUAUUGUUCUCCUCUUCCUCCUUAAGACCACUAGUGACUGUGAUGCCAACUUCUUGACGCCUCUUUCCCACUGCACAGUACUCACUUGGCUCUACUCGCCUCGGUUUGGGGUGGUUGGUUUUCCACCUCAUUCUAAAACUUCUUCAGUGGUCGGGUGACUAAGGGCAAGAAGAGGAGCGUGCGGCGUCCACAGCUAAGAAGCCACAUCGGGGUAAGCUAACGUUAGCGUGUGUGUUUGUACUUUUGUUUUUUCCGAUGGCCCAUUCCUCGUAAACAUCAAAGACAAUGGGGUUUAAUUCUGUUCCCUCCACCCCUCCCUGUUGAAAAACGUUAUUGUCAAGUCCAGCGAACGAAUUGCGUUAUAAUCUUUUGAAGCGUUUGAGACGAAGCGUCAAUAGCAAGUGGAGCCAUGCUGAGACGAGUAGGUACCGUGCAUUGGAAAAGGGACGUUGGAACACUUUGGGACGUCUUGUACAAAAUCCUGUUUCGUAGAAUGACUUAAUCAAAGGCUGUUUUUUCGUUUUGUUUUUAAUUUUCCCUCAUUUUCUGUAUUGUUGCAAGUCCCAAAGAUUGUUCGAUAUACGGGAUUGUUGCUCAAGCGAGAAAGAAUAAGAUGAUUGUAUAAAUAUGCUGUAAUCACCAUUCUGGAUGAUUUUUUUACUUUUACUUUGUGUCACCUGGAAGUUCGCAUGUCUUUUUGUUUAUUUUUCCCUCUCACUGUGACGUCACACGCGCUGUACAUUUAGCUGAAGGGCUCCUCCUACUGGUUUACUUAAGCGUCUGUGACUUAAACAUUAGUGUUGCUUUUUCAUUAAAACAGCAAUUCAAUGUGUUUGCUCGAUUUAUACUUUUUUUAGGCGUGGAAUAUCCGAUAAGAACUGCUUCUUUUUAGAUAUACUAAAAUACAGCAAUCCAAUUUUGUAUUGUUUUAUAUGACGCAAUAAAUCACUACUGGGCACGUC